AUGGGAUCGAGAGAGCCCCCUGUCGUCGAGCGGACUGCGAUCCGAGGCACACUGGAGAUCGCUCGAAUGGUCAACGGUCUCUGGCAACUAGCAGGAGGUCAUGACAAGACCGUGGAUAUACCAACAGCUGCCACUGUCAUGGAGGACACAAUCACAUAUGGCCUUGACACGUUCGACAUGGCGGAUCACUACGGCGAUGCAGGCAAGUGUAUGCAAUCGCAGGGGAGUUAUCUGACGGCGGAUGCAGAACUUGUCAUUGGCCACCACGGCAGGACAUCAAGAACCAGAAAAGUGGCUUUCACGAAGUGGUGUCCAAAGGAAAACGGCAUCAAGACCUUCGCAAACGCCGAGGCAGCAGUCGACCUCGCCUUGAGCAGAAUGGGCCAGCAGAAAAUCGAUUUAUUGCAAUAUCAUGCUUGGGAUUUUUCCGACGACACAUAUCUUCACAAUUUGACUCACUUGCAGAGUCUACAGAAACAAGGCAAGAUCGGACUGAUAGGCCUAACAAACACAGAUGCAGCACAUCUUCAAAUGCUCCUUGACUCCGGAUUUCCCAUCGCUACCAACCAGAUCUCGACGUCUGUGAUCGACCGGCGACUAACGCGCGGGCGGCUGAAUGACGUAUGCUUAAAGUACGACGUUGGCGUUCUGGCGUACGGGACCCUUCUAGGCGGAUUUCUGAGUGAGACAUGGCUGGGAAAGCCCGAACCCGCCGAUAUUGAUCAAUUAAACUGGAGUUUGAAAAAGUAUCUGAGAUUCAUAUGGCAAGCCGGAGGCUGGGGGCCCUUUCAAACCGUCCUGGAAGCUUUGAGCGCCGUGGCCCAAAGGCAUGGAGUUUCCAUUCCAGCCGUCGCCACUAGGUUCGUGCUGGAUAUCCCAUCGGUCAAGGCUGUCAUUGUUGGAACACGCCUGUCAGCAAAUUCUCGGUCGCACAUUUCCAGGAACUUGGAGGCUUUCUCUUUUCAAUUGACCAAAGAUGAUCUGGACCUCAUUCACGAGGCUCAAAGUGGCCUUCGCGAUAUGCCCGGCGAUUGUGGCGACGAGUACAGAAGACCUCCGUUUCUGACUGCGGCCGGAGACUUGAGUGAUCACUUUUCGCAGGAUACAAGCCAGGAAAAGCAGUUACACGAUGCUUUGUCUGACGGAAAAAGGAUAGAAUAUCAAUCUGGAAGUGAAUGGGAGCCACUUGCGGGUUAUUGUCGAGCGGUAAGAAUAGCAGGUAAUAUACGUGUGUCCGGAACGACGUCGAACUCGCCAAUCGCCACCCUUCCAGUCAUCGGCGGAAGCAGUGCUCACAGCCAGACAAUCCGUAUUCUGGACAUUAUUGAAGGGGCUUUGAAGGCUCUUGGGUCAUCGCUUUCUGAUGUGGUCAGGACCCGCAUUCUGGUCCGGGAUGUUCGAAUGUGUGAAGAAGUCAGCCGAGCUCAUGGCUCGGUCUUCUCGAACGCGGGCAUUUUGCCUGCCAAUACUCUUGUGACUGCUGGUCUGGUCGGAGACCAAAUGUUAGUUGAGAUCGAAGCUGAGGCAGAAGUUGGUUGCUCCCAAAGAGGCGUUUUGAGAAUGAUGAAAGCGUAG